AUGGCAACCGCAUCCCUCGAUACGCGACAACUGUUGUUAGGCACAGCACACCCUGACACCCUUCAAAGUAUGUGUACUCUUGCCUCCACGUAUUGGGAAGCGAAACGAUGGAAAGAAGCAGAGGAAUUGCAGCUGCAACUACUAGAGAUUCGCAAAAGAACUCUCGACGAAACGCAUCCGGAUGUAAUAAGAAGCAUGUCCACUCUCGCAUUCGUAUAUUGGUUGAAAGACCGAUGGCAAGAAGCGACCGCAUUGCAAGUGCAAGUGGUAGAGCUUCGCCAAAUGGUGCUUGGCGUGGAUCACCCUACAACACUAAGUUCUAUCCACAUUCUCGCGUCUAUGUAUCGGGAGCAAGGUCAAUUUCAACAUUGUGAGCGACUGUUGAAGGACGUGCUGAGUACCCAAGAGAAAAUUCUCGGGGUAGAGCACGAAAGUACAUUCAAUAGCAUAACCAGCCUUGCGAUCACGUAUCGGGAGCUGGGCCAGUUGAAUGACUUCGAGAUUAUACUUGCACAAGCCCUAGAGAUAAAGACAAAUGUCCUAGGCAGAGAGCACCCCGAUACACUGAGCAGCAUGGUUGACCUAGCAAUGACAUACCAGAGUCUAGGCCAACUUCAGCGCUCUGAAGAAUUAUUGACACGGGCACUCACGGUUCAUCAGGAGGUUCUUGGGACCGAGCAUCCUCGCACGAUUAGAAACAUGGCCACUCUUUUGUUCGUAUAUCGAGACCAGGGCCAUUUUGAAGGGGCAGAGAAUCUGGCAGUCCGAGUGCUUCAACGUCACAAAAGAGUGCAUGGAGAGGAGCAUCGUGAUACAUUGGAAGCUAUGUUGGAUCUCGCACUGAUGUACCAGCAUCGCGGCCGAUGGAAAGAGGCUGCCAUUCUACAGGCACAAUCGCUCGAACUUGGCAUCAAAAUCCACGGGCCAGACAACCCAAAAACAUUGAAAAUCAUGGCCGAGUCUGCGCUGCUCUGGAAAGAGCAGGGUGAGUCAAUAAGGGCCUUUGACAUCUUGAGCGAGUGUGUAGCAACGCAAACACGCGUCUUGGGAUCAAAUCAUCCAGAAACCAAGGAUAAUUGUGAUAUUCUGACGCGAUGGCAGUUGGAGAGCCUGGAAAUUGAUACAAAUGAAGCAGAUUCACAUUCAUAA